AUGUCCAAGAACAAGGGCAAGAAGCCCGUCGCCUACGACUCGGAUGAAGAGGAAGCUCUCAACAACUACUUGGAGGAGCUCUCACUACGCAUCGACGUCGACAUCAACGUCCCAUGUUCCGGUCCCAAUGUCAGCGACGAGCUCUUGCAGCAGUACCAGAGCAAGAAACUGCAAGAGCAGCAGCUUGAAAAUCAGCGCCUAACCAAGGAGCUUCAAGAGCUACGGCAGCUUCUGCAGCAAGAGAGGGCUAAAGCCAAACAAAAGAUGAAAGCGAAAGGCAGGACAGCUGAGGACGACGGUAUUGAUAGCGACGACAGCAGCAGCUACACCGCUCCACCGGUAGGCAACCGUCAAAACCCAACAACAGGACACCCCGGACAUGACAAAAAAAUUGGAGAUAUCGCACGAGCUUUCUACCUCAACAACGAAAUGUUCAUCGACGCUGAUUGGUUCAUGCAACCCCGACCUAAUACCAACAGUCUUGAAGGGCGGUACCCCCGUGAAAAAGAGAAACAGCCUCAGGCCCUACGCAUUGCUAUUAUUGCAGAGCUAUACGAGAAAACCGAUGAGCUAUACCACCCCCAGCUGCAGACGUCACCUGCAUUUCAGGCAGUGUUUCAACAUGCUGUGUCCAGUCUCCGACGAACCUUGAUUUCGGACCUCAGAAAAAAGGCAGCAGCAGCAGUGAUAUUCGAUGCUCCUGAUGACAUAGCCUCACUCUAUGCACCUGACAAGUACAAGCAGCGGGGAGAAACAUCUUUCUUCCUCAGCAAGCUUGUCUGGGACGAGGCGUUGGACGAUAGGAGGAUGGUGCGAUUCUCAUUGCUGUUGUUCCCACCAAUCCUAUUCAAAGAUGGGGUUCGGAACUUCAGAGAGGGUGUUUUCCGUAACCCAGAGCUCCCGAUGUGUGCGCGCGUUGACCUCUUUUCAGAAAAUUCAUUGAUACCGGAAUGGCUUAUUGAUGGAGAAAUCAAGCCCGACCCAAAAUCCCGAGGGAUAAAGUACUUCAAGAAAGCAGGCCCAGGUCUCGUCUCUCGCACAUGCAUUCAGGUGAUCUUCAUUCACAACAACGACAAGUAUCUCGAACCUGUCGGUGCCAAUUCCAAGUUCCCGUAUCAGAAAGCAUUCAAUUUUUACAAGAAGUUUCUCAUCGAGGGGAUGAACUUAGGAAAGAAAGAUGGCAAAGACUUGUCGGAGCCUUACAAGGAUAUCUUCCGGUUCUGGAACUCCUACAUUCUUCCAAGAUCCAUGCAAGAGACUGACGAGGAGGAAAUUGGGGAGGUCCGCCAAGACGAUGACGAAUAUGAGGAAGCAGCAGCAGCAAUGCUUUGCGACAACGAAAACAGCAAUGUUGUGGGUCAAUUUGAUGAAGACGAGGAUGAUUUUGGUCAGCAGUCGGGACGCUGGCCUGUAGAUAUCUCAUCAAUCGAGAUCUCCCAUGACCUCGUCAAACUACGCUCCCAGCUCCAACAUUUCCCUUCGAUCUCUCAUUCGGCGGAUCUCAUCGAUGGCCUACAAGAGCUCUCCAAAGUCGUUGCACCAUCGUCUGUUCCACGAGAGGCUAGCCCUCAGUUCCUCAAGUUCCUCGAGCGUAUCGAAAAUGCCAACCCCAAUGACCCUGCAAUUCCGAAGGACGAUGGCAACGAAAAUUGGGGGCACCACCAGUUUACUGCAGGAUCCCUGACUUUGAGGAGCACGAUCACCUCCUGGGAUGCAGUUGGCAGUGCCGAACACGCUGCGAGGCUUCUUGCUGCCGCUAUCCGCACGUGUCAUGCAGCCCGUAUCAUCUGCGGAGACCGGAACAUCCCAGUCAAAGAUGAUGAAUAUCUGAGUGACGCCUAUCUCGACCAGACCGUUCAGGUCCUUUGGACCGUCGUAGAGCCAAAGGUCAGCCUUUUGCGAAGCUCAGGAAGAAACUCAGACUUGGAGAUUGUUGUGGAAGACCUGACCGCAGCAGGGCCGGUUCCUACAUCUGGUGACGUCAAGAAAGCAUUAAAUCUAUGGACAGUUCGGCACCUCAAAGCGUGGAUUAAAGAACGUGAAAUUCCCUCAAAGGUGACAAAGGCAACCAAGAAAGCUGAGCUUGUGAAUAUAAUUUUGGAAUCCCAGCACAUUCCCUCGUCAAAUGAGCUUACAGAAUGGCGCCAACGCUCGUUUUAA